AUGCCGAUCUCAGUUAACACCAGCGGUGUCCCCCGCCUGACAAAGUUCUACUCGCCAAUUCAUCGGUCAUCUCAAACUCUAGUGCAAAAGAUAUACCAGCUAAUUAGCGGACGCUCGCCGAGUCUCUGCAAUUUUCUGGACGCGCCUGAGCUCGAAGACUUCCUUGGGCAGCAGGAGCCUGAGGGUGAAAGGUUGCGGGUAGUCUAUCGUAGUUAUGCGACCUUACAUUUUGUACUCGUGGUCGACGAGGCAGAAAGUGAGCUUGGGAUACUCGAUUUGAUCCAGGUAUUCGUAGAGUCCUUAGACAGGGCAUUCGAGAAUGUCUGCGAGCUCGAUUUGGUUCAUCACAUACUCGCAGAGAUCAUCCAGGGCGGCCUGGUACUCGAAACAAAUCUCGAGGAAAUAGAUGGCUCAGUUAGGCAGGCUGCACAAGCCCGCAAACAGUCAUUUGCCUCUGCGAACCCCUUGGCAUUGGGUGUGGGAGGUGUUGGUCCUCGGAGCGCAGGUUUACAGAUACCUCUCGGGUGGCUUACCGGCAAACUGACUGGAGUUGGAGCGGGAUGA